AUGGCUUACAGCAGUGGUCUGGUUAUCUCUCUUUGCCUGUUUUGCAUACUGUCUGCCCUAGCAAAACGAGAGCUAAAUGUUGUUAGAAAAGGCAAUACAGAGUUCAUCCUUGAUUCCAUAGAGACAAGAAGUGAUCAUGAGUUUGUGGAGUACUUUGAAAAGGUGCCAGACUCCAAGGUUCUUUACACUUACCGAGUGGUUAAGUUGACUUCUGCCUUUACUAUUAAUAUUGUGAUUAAAGCGCUAAAAUCCCUGAGAAUCAUGUACAAAGUGGAGAACCUUAAGGGCUGCGAGUUUCUUAACAAUCCCUGGAUAUACAAAUUGUUUGGCGAAGCCUACAAGAAUCUGGUGGUAAAUGGCAGUUACCUUAAGUGCCCCAUCAAGCCGAAGAUUUACUUUCUAAAAGCCAUGGGUGUUAUGUACAUGAUUCCAAGAGUCAAUCUACCUGGAAGAUUUCAGCUGACAAUGCAUUUGAAAACACCAGAAAGUAGAAAGCCCUUCGUUAUGGAAAUGGUUUUAAAGUAUACCAUUGUGCGUAUAAAAUGAAGAGUUAUUUGUUUAUAUUUGAGUUAUUUAAUGACAUAAUAAGUUAUUUUUAAAGUAAAUGUUUGUAAAUGAUAAAACGUUUAGUCAAUUAAAAGCUCAUCGGUUGAGUUUUGGUUUUGGAAAUGAAGU